AUGACUGAGUAUACACAACUGAUACCGCAAAACAUCGAUCUUGAAGAGGAUGAAACCAUAGAUACACCAAUCACUACAACUUCGGGCAGAACAACUUUAAUACCCAUGGAAGAUCCACCCCAUGGACGUCAUCUAGGGCUCUAUUCCACAAUAGUGCUAUUUGUUGGUAGAAUGAUAGGAUCAGGAAUAUUUGCUACACCAGGUGGGAUCUUUAAAGAUAUAAAUGGUGAUGUCUCAAUGUUUUUAAUUGUUUGGAUCAUUGGUGCUAGUAUAGCGAUGAGUGGUCUUAGUGUUUAUUUGGAAUUAGGAUCAUUAUUACCAAGAAGUGGUGCUACAAAAGUAUUUCUUGAAUAUUUAUUCCCAUGGCCAAAAUAUUAUGCUAGUUUUAUAUUUGGGAUUUUUAAUGUUUUAUUCAAUAUAUCAAGUGGUAAUGCAUUAAUCUUUGGUCAAUAUUCAAGAUAUGCUCUAGGAUUAGAAAAUGAUGAGAUUAAAGCUAGAAAUUUAGCUUUAGGAUUACUUGUUUUCACUCUCAUAGCGCAUGGUACAUCAAGAAGAUUGGGACUUUGGAUUCAAAAUUUCAUUGGAGGACUUAAACUAUUCCUUGUUGGAUUAAUGAUCCUUAUUACAUUUUACGUCAUUAUAAUACCAACUUCAAUUACUGGUAUUGAAAACAAUUUGAGAUCAGAUAUUCUUUUCAAAGCUCCUCAACUAGGUAAGCAUUCAUUAUCAAUAGUAUCAUCCGUUGUUUUAAGAACAAUCUAUUCAUUUGGUGGAUGGACUACUCCACAUAUGGUUCAAAAUGAAAUUAAGAAUCCAAUUCAAACUCUUAAAAUUGCAGCUCCUUUAUCGAUGCUCAUUGUUGUAUUGACAUACGUUUCAUUAAAUUUAUCAUACUUGAUAGUGAUUCCAUCAAAAGAAAUAUUGAAAAGUGGAGAGUUAAUAGGUGCAAUUCUAUUUGAAAAAUUAUUUGGACCUAUUUUAGGUCGUAAAAUCCUUUCAUCAAUCAUUGCAAUAAGUGCUGCUAGUAAUUUACUUGUUGUGGUAUAUGCAGACUCAUUAUUAAUUCAAUCUAUUGCACGUGAAGGAUUCUUACCAUUCUCCAAUAUAAUAUCAUCAAAUUAUCCAAAUGGUACACCAAUCUUAGCAUUAUUCAUAAAUGUAUCAAUUUCGAUUGGUGUCUUAUUCUUACCACAAAAUGGUGAUAUUUAUAAUUAUAUUGUUUCCAUGCAAGUUUAUCCAAAUCAAUUAUUCCAUGCUGUGUUGUGUAUUGGGAUUUAUAAAGCAAGACAUAGAUUUCCACAAAUCAAAGCACCUAUUAGAUCACCACAUAUUGCUGUGUUAUUCUGUUUUGUUUCAUCGGUGGUCAUAUUUGCUGCUCCUUUCAGUUCACCUUCAACUUUAGUUCAAUCUUAUUCAUUCGGUGGGAUUAUAUUAUUUGGAUUGGCUACUGUUUAUUGGUUUGUGAGGGUUAAGUUCUUACCUUGGUUAGGAGGUUAUAAAAUUGCUAGACAAAAUGUUUAUCUAGAUCAUGAUGGAUUGAGAAUCAAGAAAUGGACAAAAGUUUACAAAUGA